GCAGCGACCUUUGAGCGGAUCUGCAAACAGCAAUAACAGCGUUGUAAAUUUACUGUAGUAUAAAUGGCAAUGGGGGCUACACUUGCAAAAUGUGCUGCUGUUGAUGUGGGCGUCCAGUGGGUCGGGUGGGCCAUUGCAUCUGCUCUAAAAACCGAAAAGUUUUUCGAUUUGGCAGGCACGGGAACAUUUAUAUUGCUGGCCCACCUCAGUUCUUUGUGGAAUGGCACAAGACACCUGAGGCAGAAAGUACAGACUGGUCUUGUAACUGCAUGGGGACUGAGACUUGGAAUAUUUCUUUUCCUCCGGAUCAUGAAGGAAGGACAAGACCGCAGGUUCAACAAUGUCAGAGAUAGCCCAGGGGUAUUCUUUGUGUACUGGACCAUGCAAGCUGUUUGGGUGUUUGUCACCCUUUUACCCACCCUGAUACUAAACACGGAGCAGAGAGAUAAACCAUUGGGCCCUCGUGACUACAUUGGCUGGGGAAUAUGGGCUUUGGGCUUUGUCACAGAAGCUGUUGCUGAUCAGCAGAAAUGGAAUUUUAAGAGUGACCCUGACAAUGCUGGCAAGUUUAUCCGUCAUGGACUAUGGGCCUAUAGCAGACACCCUAAUUACUUGGGUGAAAUCUUGCAGUGGUCAGGCCUGUUCCUGUCUGCAUCCUCAGUUAUGCAUGGUCCUCAGUAUCUCAGCGUAAUGUCACCCCUCUUUCUCUGGUUCCUGCUCAGACAUGUGAGUGGUGUUCCCAUCCUGGAAAAACAAGCCAUGAAGAGGUGGGGAACAGACCCUGUGUUCCAAAACUACAUCAAAAACACUCCACUCUUUUGGCCAUUCCCAUGUUUCUAAAUCAUAGUCUUAAGUAACUCGGGAUUUUGUUAAGUGUUACAUUGGCUGGAGUAGAUGUCAGAAGUAGAUUAAAGGUAGUUAAAACAA